CUCCCCGCCCCUCACUGCCCCCGUUGACCAGAGAAGGCGGAAGCAGUAGCGGUCCCGGCUGGGGCUGAAGGUCCCGCGGACGCAGCUGCUGCGGCCCUCGGGCUGGGAGUGUGGCGUGGGGGACGCUUGGCCUCGGAGCACGGUGUACGGCGUGCGGCGACCGCCGGAGGAGCCUUCCCCGCCCGCGGCGGCAGCCCUGCGUGCACAGCGGUCAGUUGAUAACGAAGCUACUAUGAGUCUGCUAAACUGUGAAAACAGCUGUGGGUCCAGCCAUUCAGAAAGUGACUGCUGUGCUGCCAUGGCCACCUCCUGCAGUGCUGCAGUGAAAGAUGACAGUGUGAGUGGAUCUGCCAGCACCGGGAACCUCUCGAGCUCCUUUAUGGAAGAGAUCCAAGGAUAUGACGUGGAGUUUGACCCUCCCUUGGAAAGCAAGUAUGAGUGCCCCAUCUGCUUGAUGGCAUUGCGGGAAGCCGUGCAAACACCGUGUGGCCACAGGUUCUGCAAAGCCUGCAUCAUCAAAUCCAUAAGGGAUGCGGGUCACAAAUGCCCGGUUGACAAUGAAAUACUGCUGGAAAAUCAACUGUUUCCUGACAAUUUUGCAAAGCGAGAGAUUCUUUCUCUGACGGUAAAGUGCCCAAAUGAAGGCUGUUUACACAAGAUGGAGCUGAGGCAUCUGGAGGAUCAUCAAGCACAUUGUGAAUUUGCUCUUAUGAAUUGUCCCCAGUGCCAGCGUCCCUUUCAGAAGUGCCAAUUUAAUGUUCACAUUAUUGAAGAUUGUCCCAGGAGACAGGUUUCUUGUGUAAACUGUGCUGUAUCCAUGGCAUUUGAAGAUAAAGAGAUCCAUGAUCAGAACUGUCCUUUGGCAAAUGUCAUCUGUGAAUAUUGCAAUACCAUCCUCAUUAGAGAACAGAUGCCUAAUCAUUAUGAUCUGGACUGCCCAACUGCCCCAAUCCCUUGCACAUUCAGUACUUUUGGCUGUCAUGAAGAAAUGCAGAGGAAUCACUUGGCACGGCACUUGCAAGAGAAUACACAGUUGCACAUGAGAAUGUUGGCCCAAGCUGUUCAGAAUUUAAACCUUGCUUUGCUUCCAUGUGAUGCUUCCUCUCUGCCCCGGGGAUAUCGCCCAGAGGACCCAAAUUAUGAAGAAACCAUCCAACAGUUGGAGGGUCGCCUUGUAAGACAGGACCACCAAAUCCGGGAGCUCACUGCUAAAAUGGAAACUCAGAGCAUGUAUGUAAGUGAGCUCAAACGAACUCUUCGAACACUUGAGGAAAAAGUUGCUGAAGUGGAAGCACAACAGUGCAAUGGGAUUUACAUUUGGAAGAUUGGCAACUUUGGGAUGCACUUGAAAUCACAAGAGGAGGAAAAACCUGUUGUCAUUCAUAGUCCUGGAUUCUACACAGGCAAACCUGGGUACAAACUGUGCAUGCGCCUGCACCUUCAGCUACCAACAGCUCAGCGCUGUGCAAACUAUAUAUCCCUUUUUGUUCACACAAUGCAGGGAGACUAUGACAGCCACCUCCCUUGGCCCUUCCAGGGCACAAUACGCCUUACAAUUCUUGAUCAGUCUGAAGCAGCAAUAAGGCAAAACCAUGAAGAGGUAAUGGAUGCGAAACCAGAGCUGCUUGCCUUCCAACGGCCCACAAUCCCACGGAACCCCAAAGGUUUUGGCUAUGUAACGUUUAUGCACCUGGAAGCCUUAAGACAGGGAACCUUCAUUAAGGAUGAUACAUUAUUAGUGCGUUGUGAAGUCUCUACCCGCUUUGACAUGGGUGGCCUUCGGAAGGAGGGUUUCCAGCCACGAAGUACUGAUGCAGGGGUGUAGCAUCCACUUAUUUUCAUUAGCAGACAGCAAACUGUAUGGAGAAAAAUGGUGCCUUUCCUUGCCUGGUCCCAGUAAUAAUAUUCAAAAAAGCAGUAGGAGAGAUGUGAUUCCUACCAGCAAAUGCCCUUAUUGAGGUCGCUUAACCCCUUCUUACUGUUACACAUAUCAGAGGCAGUUUUUCUUAAGAAUCUACAUGUCCUAUGUGUUUUCAGAAAUUUGGCAUUUGAGGGGCCAGAUACCACAACAGCUGUUUUAUCAGUUACUGUACCUCUUUGCCAUACUUCCAUGGGCUUUUGCUUCAGUGUGUUUUAUUCUCAGAAAGCCCAGAGUUGGAUUACUAAAGCUCAGUCUUUUAAUAAUAAUGGACUCCUUAAAAAUGCUAGGCUGUUUUUAUAGUAUUUGCUGUAAUGUAUUAAACAUGAGAAUCACUACUGCCUUGUGUUAGUGCCAUCAAGAAGAGUUACUGUCGAGUUCUCAUUUUAUUUGACCUCCUAUGGAUUUCUGAGGAUUUGAACCAUAAUCCUUAUAAAGCUUCAGUUCUCAUUUACCCCCUUUCCCUGGUGUUAACUAAGGAUAUUCAGGGACUAGUGUAAACUCUUAUUUAGUAUAAACAGUGACUGUUGAGCACUAAGUGUUUCUGACUCCCCUAUGUAUUUUGAAGUUCCAAGCAGCAGCUUCUCCAGUUUGUAAAACUGAUGUGGAUACUAACUGUUGAAUGUUACCACCCAUGUAACCUUUUCUGUGUUCAAUGCAGUGUGAUUUCCACGGCCCUGUAUAUGUCUUCUGUUGCUUACAAACGCAGAAUCACCACCAUCAAAAUUAAAAGUGAUUCAACUUGGGGCUGGAGAGAUGGCUCAGGGGGUAAGAGCACUGGCUGCUCUUGCCAAGGUUUGGUUCCCACAUGGCAACUAAAAACUGUAACUCCAGUUCCAGGGGAUCUGAUGCCCUGUUCUGGGCUCCACAGGCAUUGUUUGCAUGUGGUACACUUACAUACAUGCAGGCAAAACAUUUGUAUACAUUGAAAAAAAAAAAGUGAUUCAGUUUGUCAACCUUAAUGGUUUCUUAUUGGUGACAACAGAAACCCUUAAGAAAUUCCUAAUAACAGAAUUCUGUAAAGUUUGGAUGGUUGUUGGACAUCCAAGAGAGGUCACUAAACUAGGGUUGGAAGUCAAUGGUGGUAUCACUACUCAGUUUGCAUGGUUACCUUAGUCCAGUUCCCUUCAGGUUCUGAACAGAUUCUGUGGAAUGUACUGAAGUGGCCAAAGGUCUCUAUCACGGAAAGGUGAUUUUGUUUUGUUUGUAUUUGCUAACAGCCUGUACAUAUAAAAUAAUUGCAGAUUCUAGUUCUCAGGGAGUCCUACAAGUAGCUAUAAUAUUUGUAAGGAACCAAAGAGGCUCUGUCUACUGCUGUUUACACAAGAAUGUUUAGAGUUUCUGGUAAUAAGAAAAGAUAUUUUCUCUCUCAGGAGGCCAGAGCAGAGCUGACCAGUGUUCAGGUUUGCCCUACUUUCAAGAGGAAGAGCAAGGACCUGGUAUGGGAAGGAGUCUAGCUUUCAGUCGCAGCCAUCCCCAGCAAGUGUCAGUUUGACCGGUUCCUUUAGUUAUUUUUCCCUCUUUGCUCCCAUUUCACCCUUAAAGGUGAAGCAAAGACUUUGCUUCCCUGCCCCAUACCAGUACCACAGGCUGGUCACUGGUGACCAGUCGCUGCUUGUCCAGGCAGCUCCCGUGAGGCACCUACCUAUGGAAUCCUCAUCGCUGCUGUUCCUGUGAUUGUUUCCUAGUGGGUAAGUAAAUGGGGAGUUCCAGUGAAAAAGCAAGCAAUAGUUAUUUUUGUAUUUACAUAGAAAAAGCCCAAGGAAAAUGUACUAAAUUAUUUGAGGGCUUAUUUCUUUAUGCAUUCUUAAUUUUUUUACAGUUUCUGUAAGCAUGCAUUUUUAACAGAAGAAAAUGGUCACCACAAACAGGCUCCCCUUCCCUGACCCCUCUUGAAAAAGGAAAUAGCAUUUAAAAGCUUCCUGGUUAGAUUUCUAUUAAAAACUUGUCUGUAUUAGGUACUAAGGGUAGUCAUUUCCUUCCUUGGUUAUGGCUUCUGGGUCGGGGGAGAGGGAGUAGGUAAACUCGGCAUCUUUAAAAAAAAGUUUUUUGCCUAACUUGAAUUUUUCCCAACUUCAAGUUUCUCUUAUUUAUAAAGUGAGUUGGACUAUGUUUCUGUGAUCGGUUCCCAACCUUCAACCAUAAAAUCCUGUCUUGGGAAGUCACAUGCUAACCAGCAGAGCAUUGGCAGUAGCCGUAGGAGUAGUAGCUACCUCUGCUGACACUGGGUUCCUUGGAUCAUCAGCUGAAGCACAUCUUAAGUACUGUAACUCCCAGCAUUUUGCACUUUCUGAUAAAUUGGUUGUUAUAUGCUAAUCAUUCACUGUGAAAGCAGGGUAAAAAGAAUCAAGCUGCCAUUCAAAGACGUCUCUUAAGAUCAGCUCAGAAUCAAGUCUUAACCGUUUAGAAAGCUGGUUUCUUUAUGUGUUUUUACUCUUCUACCCUUCCUAGCAUUCAUUCACUCGGUUGGUCUACAAGCAUCUGGGUUGUGUUUAGAUUUUGUUCACCAUCUUUUAUCAGAUCUGUCUUUUGUUACCAGUCUAGAACAUUGUUAUUUUUUGUUUCUUUUUCCUCAGAUGUCCAACUUAGUGUUGUGAGAUUUUUUUUUUCCUCCAAAUCAAACGUUUUGCUACUAGAAAUCAAGUCAGAUAAUAGUCAUAGUUUGGGAAUUGAUCACUGUCCUUUGGCUGAUUCCACAGUGACUUUCUAGCUGUGCACUGGCAUUAUUCAACUUGCAGCUAGAGAAUGAGGAGUAGGAAAAAGUGAGUUAGAACACCUGGAGUGUUUUCUCCCCUCAUAAAAGUCAUUACUAAUAGAGGUAUUGGAUGGCUUCUACCAAUUGAAUUCUGUGACUGGUACAAAGUUCUCUUUCCUGGAAAUAUGAAGCAAACCAAGAAUACCUUGUGAAUUUGGCAUUCAAUUAGAAACACUCUCUUUACAGAAAAGUUGCUUGUUACUCCUUUAUCCAGAUUCCUUAAUCUCUUGUGACCAGAAAAUACUAUUCACUUAAGGGGUUUUUUAACUUAAGACUUUGAAGUAUUUGUAUUCUGUCCUAACCCAGUUCUUUUUUUGACUUGCCUUAGAUUCUGUUCAUUGUUGUAUAUAAAAUGCGAUUACUUUUGUGUAAGGGGGUGGUGAUACUAACUUUCCUGGACACCUUAAGGAAAUGAAUGGGGAGCAGUAAAGCAUUGUAUUUGUCUAUUGAACUGCUCUUUCAGUUACAGGGGCUCAUGGUCGCUGUCAUGUGUUUCAAAGUUGCUGUGAAUCUGACUAUGCCGUGGCUUGGUGCCUCUGAAUUCCCAGGAUCCAGAAAGAUAAAACCAGAUGUAAUCAGUCUCAGCAGAUUAGUACUUGGUUAUAGCCAAAGACAAGCACUUGCAAGGACAUAACCUAGUUGUCUCUCAAAAUGUCACUUAUGUCUUGAAUAUUUUAAAUUUCCCCUUUCCUCACCUCUCACCCCUGAGGAGAAAAUUCAGGUUAAUAUAAAAUAAGACCAGAAAAUAAUUCUAGUUGAAAACACCUUGUGGGGUUUCCUGCCCAACAGCAUCCCAGAAAAGGCAGCUUCCUCAGCCUCCUGGAAGCACCGAGCAACGCCAGUCCUGU